AUAGUCCUGAGUGUCCGGCAGGCUGUUUGUUGUUGUGGUUUGGAGCGUUAUAAAAUCAGUGUUUUUCUCCCGUGUCUGCGGCACUCUGACCAUGCUGUCAGUGCGAGUCUGUCAGCUUGACAAGCAGACGCCACUCUGCAUCACAACAUGCUGUCACACUGAAGGACGUGGGAGGAGGUGUGCCUGUGUGUGUGUAUAUGGGUGUAUAUGGGUGUGUGUGUGUGUUCAUACAGCUAGAAGGCGUACAUGUUGACAUCAACUCCUGCAUCCUGUUACAUCACUUGGCUCAAGGUUUGGCCAUUCUUCCCCCAAAAAGUAAUGAAUUGAAUGUGAUAAUUUGCCAUCUGAUAUUAAUAACUUUAUUUACAUGUUGCUAUAUUGUAUUGUUGCCUCCAGGCUCCUUGUUUGUGCGUGUCUUUGUGCUUGCAUGUGAAUUUUGCUUUUUCACAUGCAUUCGUGCUUCAACAAACGCACAUACAAACUGCUAGCGGGGCUGCCAUUUUUCGGAUCUACAUGCAUUUUCACUAGGAGAGGGAAUAACACCAAUUGCAGACUGAAACGGAAAAAAGGGAUGGAAUCAACAGCUGCGAAAUGUGUCAAUCCGAAGAAAGCAAAUAGACAGAGAAGGAGACUUUGGGAGGGAGUGUGAGGAGAAUAAAAGAUCAGACCUGCAUCGGAGGUUACAGGUUGAAACGUUUGAUAAGAUUAUCACUGUUUGAUACUCUUCUCAAACUUCUCAAACCUUUACAAUGAGAAAUUUGCUGGCACUAUUUCACUUCUUUCACAGGGAUCACUUGACCACUUCAGAAAAUUAGUCUGAGCUUCUGUCAGAGUGCCUGCUGUUGAGGAAUUCAGGGAACAGUUUUACAUGCUUGUGCUCUCUGCAACAGUGUGAGUGCCUCCUUAAUAUGAGUGGAGCUAAGACGCUGAAAUGGAGCUAAAGGAUUUAAAAAAUCUUGAAAAUAUAUAGGGAGAAGCUCAGAGGUGGGGGUAGAGUAAACAGAGAGAGGUGAGAGAAGAUGAUGAAUGUGGACAUGAGCUAACAUGCUCUCUGAGAAGAUGGGGAAAAAAGGGGACAGGACAGGAAGAGAGGUGGUAAAGAAGACGAGAUCAGCAGGGGAGAGAUGAGCAGCGAAGAGGAGAGCGGACAGAGGAUGGAAAUUGAUAAGGCAAGAGUCGAUGUGAGAGGAUGGGUAGAGGAGCAGAGCAGAGAUGUAGGGAGUAGAAGGGUGGACGUGCACUGAAUGGGAGGGAGAGGGAGAUAUGAGGGCGUCUCGUAAGUUAUUCCCCAAGAGAACCAUCUCCUCCCCUCCACUCUGCUCAGAAGCAUCAGUAAAAGGUUCUAUAAAUAGCUUCAACAGUGAGCUGCACGUUUCUCUACUCAGAUAGCCUAUAAAUACAUGCAGCUUCUGUCACUUCAUAUCCGCUGCUCUGGACGCAUAUUCGCUGCCCCACAGCCCUGCAGCCUCCAACAGGGAAUCCUCCUCUGGAGAUGACAGAGAAGGAGCAGAAAAAGAUGUUGAUGAGGAGCAUGGCCAAGAUGCUUAUGAUGGCAAUAGGGCUGACGGACACCGCUGAUAAUGAUGGCAAGUAAUGAAGAUGGCUAUCUUGAUGAUGUGAGGAAAUCUGUGAAUAAUGAAACCUUUUUACCCUGAUUUGUUCAGAAGUUUCUAAUGCACAUCUCUGUUAAUGCAAAAUUUAAGGAGUUUCUUAAUGCAAAUGCUAAUAAGAAUGUUUUGAUGAUGAUGGAUAAAUUUGAUGAUUUCCUUUGCAGAAUGCUUUGUUCAUCUCUCUGCAGCGUGCAGCUCGACAGCUGAUUUCAUGCCUCAGAUGAUUAUAAAAUACCAGAACGCUGUCAACAUGAGAACAUGCCAAGUGUUUUAUUCCCCGUGAAUUUGCAUCAACAGGUACUACCAGGCAGCCUAAGGAAGGGGAGGUGCCGGGGGUGGACUACAACUUUGUAAGUGUGGAGCGUUUUAUGGAACUGGAGCAAAGUGGAGCCCUGCUAGAGAGUGGAACCUAUGAAGAUAACUUUUACGGCACACCGAAACCUCCAGCAGAGCCGUCUCCUGCAGCACCUCCUCUGAAUGUAAGUGAGGCCUUGCUGCCUGGAGCCCGGCCCAGCGCCCAGGGCAAGAGGAAGAGGAACCAGUCAGUCAGCAACAUGGAGCAGCGCGCCAGCCUGGAGCCGCCCGAGGAGGAGGAAGAGGAGAGCCCGGUUGUCAAUGGCAACGGGGUGGCCAUUACACCAGAGUCCAGUGAACAUGAGGACAAGAGCACAGAUGCCUCUGGGGAGGUUGCUGCUGAAGCGUCCAUCCAGGCCCCAGCCUCCACCGAGCCCCCCACUGAAGGAGAGGAAGCUCCAAAAUCUUCCUCUGAAUCCCCUGCCAAAGUUCCAGACGUGGAUGAGGAGGAGCUGGGUCCACUGCCCGACAACUGGGAGAUGGCCUACACCGAGAAGGGGGAGGUCUACUUCAUCGAUCACAACACCAAAACUACAUCAUGGCUGGAUCCUCGACUUGCAAAGAAAGCGAAGCCACCAGAAGAAUGCAGGGAGGACGAGCUGCCCUAUGGGUGGGAGAAGAUAGAUGACCCCAUCUACGGCAGCUACUAUGUAGAUCACAUCAAUCGAAGGACUCAGUUUGAGAACCCGGUCUUGGAAGCCAAGAGGCGCCUGGAGCAGCAGAGGCAGAUGCAGAGCCAGGGACUCUCCGCGCUACCACUCCCCACUAUAUACAGAGAGAAGCCAUUGUUUACGAGGGACCCAACCCAGCUGAAGGGCACCUUCCUGUCAACAGCCCUGCAGAAGAGCAAUAUGGGAUUUGGCUUCACGAUUAUAGGAGGCGACGAGCCCGAUGAGUUCCUGCAAGUGAAGAGUGUAAUACCAGACGGACCCGCCGCGCAGGACGGAAAGAUGGACACAGGUGACGUCAUUGUCUACAUUAAUGACAUCUGCGUGCUCGGCACCACACAUGCCGAUGUGGUCAAGCUUUUCCAGUCUGUACCGAUCGGUCAAAGUGUCACCCUCGUGCUCUGUCGAGGCUAUCCUCUGCCCUUUGACCCCGAAGAUCCAAGUGGUGCUGCAAGUACCUCCCUGACACCCAUCGGUCUGGAGCACCGUCCCCUGGUGGUGAACGGCCGCGGCAGCUACGACCCCUACCUGGAGUAUCUGUCGCUGAGCUCCCAGCUGCCUCCUCAGACUCUGGGCCAGGGUGGAGCCCCUCACCCAGGGGACACACAUCUGGAUGGUUCAUCACUGCCACCCACCACACCCGGUUCAGCAUCGGCCCUCACUCCCCACGACGACAACGUGUCUAUGGCCUCCUCGGGAACCGCAGCUGUUGCUGGGACAACAUCACAAGGGGCAGAGCUUCUGACAGUUACAAUGGUGAAAGGGGCGGAGGGAUUUGGGUUCACCAUUGCCGACAGUCCCACUGGUCAGCGAGUAAAGCAGGUGCUGGAGCCAGGCUCACAGGGAGCAUCAGGGCUCAUAGAGGGAGACCUGAUCCUGGAGGUGAACCAGCAACCAGUGGCUGCGGCUGGGCAUGGACGAGUGGUGGAGCUGCUCAAAGAGUGUCCUGUGGGAGCUGAGGCGACGCUCCUCAUACAGCGAGCAGGAACAGGCCACAUCUCUCCGUGGAAGGCCUCCAAACAGUUGCCUGACCAGUGGGACCCACAUAGUAGCCCCCAAGCAAACCUGUCUGGCCCGGUUUUGCUGCCUGGCACACCCUUCCCAAACCAGCCACAGCAUCGCACAUCUGUGCCUGACUCUACCGAGGGCUUCGAUCUGAACAAACCUGACCCCUAUGACCUUUAUGAGAAGUCGAGGGCCAUCUACGAGAGCAGACGUCCAGAGUAUGAAGAGGUGGAGGUGCACCUGCUGAGGGAGAAGACCGGGUUCGGCUUCCGCAUCCUGGGGGGAGACGAGGCCGUGCAGGCUGUGAGUCCGGACGCCCGUGACAAGAUUGUUAUUGGUGCUAUAAUAGAGAACACUCCUGCUGAGCGCGAUGGGCGGCUUCGACCCGGGGAUGAGCUCAUUUCUGUGGAUAAAAAUGUUGUUGCUGGGAAACCGCACAAAUACGUAAUAGACUUGAUGCACGCGGCUGCUCGCAAUGGACAAGUCAGCUUGACUGUGAGGAGGAGAGUGCUCACGCCUGGUGAACCAUGUCCUGUGAAUGGCCGCAGCCCCGGCUCGGUGUCCACACAACACAGCUCUCCACGUAGCGAUGCGGCCUCGGCUUCGGGCCCUCCGGCCGUCACCGUCCCCGCUGCCACCUCUCCUCCGGAAGGAUCGGCCCUGCAGACCAGUGAUGUGGUUAUUCACCGCAAGGAGAACGAGGGCUUCGGCUUCGUCAUCAUCAGCUCCCUGAACAGACCGGAGAAUACCACCGUCAUCACUGUGCCCCAUAAAAUAGGACGUAUCAUCGAGGGCAGCCCUGCGGACCGAUGCGGGAAGCUGAAGGUGGGCGACCGGAUCCUGGCUGUGAACGGACAGUCCAUCAUCAGCAUGCCACACGCAGACAUUGUCAAGCUCAUUAAAGAUGCCGGGCUAACAGUCACACUGCACAUCAUACCAGAGGAGGGUUCCCAUUCUGGCCCCAGCUCAGAGAAGCAGAGCCCCAUGACCCAGAAACACAGCCCCCAGACCCAGCCCAGCCCCGUAGCCCAGCCAGGACAAGGAGGCAUCCAGCCGAGCCAAACCACCACUCAGACAUGUCAAGCACCAUCCCAGCCCAGCCAGACCCCAGCUCAGACAAGCCAGGCAGCGACUGGUGCUCCUGCAGCAGCAGCCUCCCAGCCUGCACCAUCUGGAACCCAGCAGAGCCCGGUCAGCCAGCCCUCUGGCCUCCCUCCACAGCUCUACCUCCAUGAUGGCAGGUCAGAGGUUAAAGCCAGACAGGACGUCAAACCUGACUUCCGUCAUCCUCCAUUCACUGAUUACAGGCAACCUCCAGUAGACUAUCGUCACCCACCGGUUACUGAUUAUCGACAGCCCCCGACGCUGGACUACAGACACCCGCCUGGUCUGCUGGACUUCAGACAGCAUCCUGCCGCUGCACAGUUCCCCCUGGGGAUCCCUGCUGACUUCAGACCACAGGAUUUUGAUUACUUCACGGUGGAACUGGAGAAAAGUGCAAAGGGUUUUGGCUUCAGUAUUCGUGGGGGCAGAGAGUACAAGAUGGACCUGUUUGUGCUGCGCCUUGCUGAGGAUGGUCCUGCGAUACGUAAUGGAAGGAUGAGGGUAGGGGAUCAGAUCAUAGAGAUUAACGGGGACAGCACUCGGGACAUGACUCAUGCCCGCGCCAUUGAACUCAUCAAGGCGGGAGGCAGGCGGGUCAGGUUGCUGCUAAAGCGAGGCACAGGACAGGUGCCAGAAUAUGACUGUCCCAGCCCCUGGGAUUCCCUUUCUACAACCCACUCUGCCCUGCAGGAAGUGACCCUCGAACCCCACCCAAAUCCAUUGCUCUCAUCUCAUCCAGCCUCAGCCCCAGAUUCCCCUCAUCAGCUCCCUCUAGAGGCCACAGUGUACAUGGCAGACAAAGCUCCACAGUUGACAGACCACAGCUCCAUUAGAGGGGCUACAGGUGGCAGGUCCACCCAGCAGAAGUGCAUCAGUAGGGGGCAGGGAACCCCUCAGGGGUCUGUAGAGGCGGACUGCGGACCAGGCGACAGACAGCCUCGGGCUUUGCCUCUAAAAGCUGUCCUUGGGAGGUCUGUUGAAAGAAGAGAGAGGCAGAGGGAGAUUUGCUCCCCCUGCUGUGAGAGAAAGGGCCUGCACUCACAGGCGAUGAGAACUGUUUGGCCCUGGGACCCUUAUGCAAGUGUGAAUUUGAAUGGAGCCUCUCUAGGCAGCGGAGAUGGACAUGGCAGCCUCCAGGAGAGGCUGGUCUCGAGAGGUCUGUUUUCCAGAGAAGAUGAGAGGGCCGGGGUUCACAGUGGGCUCUGCUGCCCCUCUAAAACCAUGGAAGAUCCUCCUGCACGGAGCGCCGCGGCCUCCCCUGGGCCCUGGAAUGUCCCUGGAUCUGACAAACUGCCUGGCACCCUGAGGUCCUGGACCUCCACAGUAAGCAGUGGGAGGAGUGAGACUAGAUGUCUGUCAGAGGGAGGCAGAGACACUGAAACUCCUGGAGGACAUGGCACUGACCCGAGCGACAGCCUCGCUAACCCGACAUAUGUUAGAUCUCACAUGCCUACUGAUAUAACAUAUACUGUAAAUGUAAAGAUGUGACAAAUAUGUACAUUUGGUAAUCUCAAGAAACAUUGGUGUUUUUUGAGGCAGUGUUGUAGUUAGAUACAUUGUAAAGAAAAGAGAAAAAAACAAAACAAAACACAGAACAGUAUUUUAGGAUCGCUGUUUCCAUGGCCUCGUCUAUAACUACAUAUCAAAGACGGUGCAAGUCACCAAACCCAGACCGCUGAGGGAGCCAGUGGUCGUGUGCAUGGAUAUAAACCACCAUGUCAUUGAACAAGGACUCACAUGUCUUUUAGAGGUAGAAUAUAGAGAGGAUAUCCUCUGCGGAGCUGACCAGUUGGUACUCAUAUGAGACAAAAAGAAACUUUUUUUUUUUUCAUCAAAUUGAACUUUUUGACUGACUGAAAGCUUAGUAAGAACUCAUAAUACUGUUCUGAGUUAUGUACACAAUUUGAUCACGACUCAACCAUGCGGUCAUUGUGCAGAAUUAUAAGCCGUGUUGUAUUUCAUUUAAUGCUCAAUGAAAUUUUGUCCGGUCUAUAUUUCCCAUUUCUAUGCCUUUAACUGUGCUAAGUGUACCACAUCACUGUGGGAGAGGGGCAUCGGUGUGGGGAAGGGGAGGCCGAUGGAUAUGAGGUGGGGCGGAGUGCCUUACUCAAACCAAUGCAGAGCUGUUUCUCUUGUGAGUUGUUUUGGGAACUGAAUGAAAAACAGACUUUAGUGACGAUGCACACAUAUCAGCGAACUGUUGAGUUGUGGAGCCUGUUUUCUUCGGACUUAACACCAAGCAGUACAUACAGUUAUCUCGAUGCACUCUCAGCUGUAUAGCUUAUCAAUGUCGAUGAUUGCUCUUGUCCCCUAGUGCUUAGACGGGGAUCAGAUGUAGCCUGUAGCAUUACAUCCUCUUCUUAGAGAGUCACCUGGGCAAGCCAAGCUGUGAACGUUUAUCCAGACUGGGCCAUUUCAGCUUUAUUUGUCUGUUGUGUAAAGAAAACGUGUUAAGUUUGCAUCGUUGCAGGCAGUGCAAGCACUCACUGGAUCUGAACCCAGGACCUUAGGUGAUCUCUGAAACCCAAAUUGCACUGAAAAGAGUGUUUGAUCACAAAGUCUCGAUGGCGGCGGAGUUGCGGCAUGCUGCUAUUAAAGCAAGACACCCCAGAUGAAGUCACUACCCUUCUGCAUUUCACCAUUUUGAUAUCAUCCUUUGCUUUGAACAAGAUGUUUGUGCUCAUUAAAAAUGAAUCACCAGAGCUUCUGACUAUUGGAGGAACAGAUGUUUUUUUAAAAAAAAAAAAGAGAGAGAGAGAAAGAUCACAGUGCAUUGUGAUGAUUUAACUGAAUGCAGCACGAUGGCACAUCCAAGCGAAUGAACUGGUGUGGGCCUAUUGGUAAACCGCUUUUAGCAGGACAGUGCACCUGCAGGCUGGGAUCCUGGUAAGACCGUGUGCAUUAAAAGUAUCAUCAAGCCGGAUCUCGACCCCUCAGCGGUGGAUGUUUCUGAGCUGACUGUCGAAUACAACCGUGGUUCAUGUGAUAAACUGGUUAUCAUGUUAGCGAGGAGCAUGAGAACAUGCUGUAGGCUUUAGAAAUGACUUUACUGUAUGUACAAAUGUCAAAGAUCAGAACAGGUGAAGGAAUAUGUCAUCCAGCCCCUCCCCCGUCUCCAUCCAGGCUGUCCCCCUGCCUGUUGUGAGUGAUUUUGUAUACAGAAACAAAAAACUGCUUUAUUGAAACCUGUGAAGGAUGGCACGUUCAUAAACCCCCAUUGAGAUCAAGUAUAACUGUGUAGUGUUAUUUGUGUACUAUUCACCUUGUACAGCUGUAUUCCUACAAAUAUGGUUUACUGUAUCAUUGAUACUGUAGUUUCAAAGACGUGAACAACUAUUUUUAUGAAAUGCGACAGUACUGAUAUAUUACAUUUUGCUAAAAAACAAAAAACUUGUUUACUGAAAGAUAUUCUGAAAUACUGUCAAAUAAACUCUUGACAUGGU